GCCGAGCCGCUUCCUGGGCCCCCCGUCGGAGGCAGUGGAAGCAACCGCUGCGCCGGAAGCGGAAGCGGGGACGAGAGGAGGCGGGGCCCCCGGGGUUGCCGGAGCUCGGGCAGACCAGGAGCCGCGCAUUUAGGGUUAGGGAGCGCCCCGCCGCCGCCGCCUUCGCCAUGAUCAUCCCGGUGCGCUGCUUCACGUGCGGCAAGAUCGUGGGCAACAAGUGGGAGGCCUACCUGGGGCUGCUGCAGGCCGAGUACACCGAAGGGGACGCCCUGGACGCGCUGGGCCUGAAGCGCUACUGCUGCCGUCGGAUGCUGCUGGCCCACGUGGACCUGAUCGAGAAGCUCCUCAACUACGCGCCCCUGGAGAAGUGAGGCCGCGGGGAGGCCGGGCCGCGCUGCCCCCUCCCCCCCUCGGGGACCCCCGGCCGCGCUGCCCCCUCCCCCCCUCGGGGACCCCCGGCCGCGCUGCCCGCCCUGUGACAGGCUCGGAGGGCUGAGCCCCCAUGCGCGGCCUUGCCGUCCGCCCCGCGAGGAGCCCCCAUCCCCCGAGGCCGGGCUCCGCCGUCGGCCCCAGGGCCACAGCUGUCAGUAAACCCGUCCUUGGGAGGGACCUUGGUUCCUUGGUCUGGCCCAGGGAAAGGUCUCCGGGAAACUGGGUGCGGGGCCUCCCCUCCCCUGCUGUGCAGGCCGAGGGGCCAGUGAUGGGGGGGGUCCGGAGCCUCCCUGUCCCCACCAGCUCUCGCUGACCCCAGCGGGGAAACGUGGGGACCUUCUUUAGAACAUAACGGCUCUCGGGGAGGUUUUCUGGAGCCUCAGUUUCAGUUGAAAUAAAUGAUGACUCCAAAAUCGCA